GUGGCCGCGCUGACGUUGGGCCAGUGGAAGGCGGACAUCGCCUCGCGCAUGUGCCGCAGCGGCCCAAGCCAAAUGACAAUGCUGGAGAUCGGUUUCGGGAUCCUCACCAGUGUCAGGAGAAUACCAAGUUGCAUUGGAGAUUUCGCUAGAAGGUUCCUUGUGGGCGUCGCGCCACAAUCGCCGGAGGCUGGUGUCGGGCGUGAUGUGCUGCCCCUGCCAGUAAGGGAGCCGGCAACCUUUUUCGCCUGGGAACGUGAUCUGAAGAGAAGAGGAAUGUUGGACGGUGAGGGAUCCCCCGUGGAUGUUACGAAGUGGCCAGCUGCUCUAAAGAAAGAGGCCCAAGCCAUGGCGGUCGAGGUGUGGACUUUCCUGAGCGUGCUGGGCCUGAACUACCUUUACCUUGGGCACCUGAGCAAGGACCGCUGGGAAGCAGCCGGGCGCCUUUCUGAGGUGCAGGCCGCCAGCCUACGCGUGAUCGGUGAGACGGUCGAGUGGCACGUGGGCGACGCGUUGGCGGCGGUGGACAUCCCGUUCUGGCCUCAGGAGAUGAAGAAGACGAAGUCGAGCUACGAUCUGGAGGAGGACUGUCGGGCGCUCCCCUUGAAGUUCGGCGAGCUUGAGCCCGGCCUUCCCAAAGCCGAAGAUAUCGGCCGCUUGGACGCGCUGGACUAUGUGGGGCCAGAGCUCAAGGAGGUGCUCACCAAACCCGAGAUGUCGCUCUUGCCGGAGGCCGAGUGGCCCGAGUCGCCUCCGAAGGCAAAGGUCAACGUCGAGAAGCUGGAGGACUGGUGGGCCAUCGCUGCCAAGCUGGUGGAGCGUGGACUGCUGGCCCCCAUACCAGCUGAGCGCAUCUUUGUGGCCCGCGGCCGUCGCGUCACAAAUGGGUUGUUUGCUGUGACAAAGUCGGGGUCCCCAGCUGAGGGAGAGGCCAGAGUGACACGUUUGAUUUUCAACAUGGUCCCGACGAAUACGUACCUUCGACCGUUGGCAGGGGACUCAGUGACUCUGGUACCCUCGCCGGCGUGGGUAAGCAUCUCCCUUGGCCCCGAGGAGGUGCUGCUCUGGAGUGGGGACGACCAGAAGGGAGCUUUCUUCAUGUACCGCAUCCCUGCGCCGUGGCUUGGCUACAUGGCGAUCUGCACCCCAGUCCCCGGCCAUGUUCUUGGCAUGAAGGCCAAGGAGAUGUGGCUGGCCAUGACAGUGCUGCCCAUGGGCUGGGUGUACAGCGUCCCGAUUUUCCAGAGCGUCCACCGGCGGGUUGCGCUUCUGGGUCGCCCUGCUGGCGCCGCCCUCCCAGCUGACCUGGAGUGGCGGCGCGACCGUCCUAUCCCCGCCGCUGCAGCUGCUCCCCUGUCUCAUGAGGGCCCUCGCGAGUGGUGGAGUGUGUACAUCGACGACUUCGAUAACUGCGAGACGGCUGGGUGUAAGGAGGCGCUCGCGAAGGUGGGCACUCCUGGCCGCUUGCAGGCCCUGAUGAGGGAGAGCUACCAGCGGAAUGCAAUCCGCAUCAGCGUGGACAAAGCCAACCAGAGGCAGCUCUUGGUCACGCGGAUGGGUGUAGAGGUGGACGGGAUCUCAGGCAGGGCCGCCAACAAUCGGAUAAAGAACGUGCAGCUGUACAGCCUUACCAUGCGGCUCCUGACAAGAGAGAACCCCCCCGGGAACCAGCUCCUCAUUCUCAUGGGACGUUGGGUGAGGGCGCUAGAGUUUCGACGUCCUCUCUUCGGGGCGUUCAACUCGGUGUGGGAGCAGAUUGGCUCGGGCCGUACUGUGUUGACCAGGGCCAGCCUGGACGAGCUGAUGCACAGCUGCCUGCUGAUGCCCCUCGCCUCCACCAACCUGAGGGCCGCUACCGCGAGCAUCGUCUCGUGCUCUGACGCCAGCGAGGACGGUGCUGGUAUGUGCACGGCCGUGGGGCUCGCAGAGGGGGCCGCGAAGUUCCUGGCAUCUCUCGGGAGCCCUGAGACCUGGGGCCAUCGCAUUGCCAGCUACACCGGCUCGGGCUCCGCCGCGCGUCCUGUUGGUGAGCUUUUUGACGGCAUCGGCGGCGCUGCUGUGUCGCUGGUGCGCGCUGGUUUCGACAUCGUAGGCUACAUGAGCAGCGAGGUUGAUAAAGGGGCUCGCCGGGUGCUGAGAUCGCGCUGGCCUGGCCUGAUCGAGCUGGGCCCAGUCGAGGAAAUUCACGACCGACAGCUUGAGGCUCUGGCAAUGUUCCAGGAUCGGAUUGUCGCCGUGGUCGUUGCGGGAGGCAGCCCUUGCCAGGACACGAGCGGUGUGAACGCCGACCGACAGGGCGCACAUGGCGCUCGGAGCUGCCUGUUCAAGCGCAUACCCAAGGUGGUGAGCGCACUGUCUCUCGUCAUGAAGGUGCCUGUCCAUUGGCUUGCGGAAAAUGUACUCUCAAUGAGCGCAGAAUCCCUCCAGGAGUUCUCCCGCAUCCUCCAGACUAGGCCCAUCAGCGUGUGCAACUCCCUCUUUACCGAGAAUAGAAGGCCACGUUUGUACUGGUUGUCUUGGAGAGAGGCGGUCCUCAAGCUCCCCGGGGUGCACGUGGAGCCCAAGGCCAACUACGACCUCAUCAGGGCGCUCCAGGUCCCGAAGGCUCCUGCUGGCUCUCGGGUUGCCGCAGGGUGCUCCAGGGCCUCGGACAAGGGCCCAGUCUGCACGUUUCUCCAGCGGCGUGAGAAGACUGUCCCGUACAAGCCUGCAGGUUUAUCGACAGCGAGCCCAGAGGCCAUCCAGAGGUGGACCCAGGACCUGCACGCUUACCCUCCGUGCCAGUACGAGCUAGUUCACAUGAUUCGGGACUCCAAGGAGGACUUGAGGCCCUUGUGUGCCACGGAGAAGGAGGUGCUCAUGGGGUUCCCUCGCCACUACUCGUCGUCCGUAGCCAGCUCGGGCUCCAGCUGUGGCAGCGUUGAGAACGAUCGCUGCGGCCUCUUGGGGAACGCGUUCGCCUGCUGCGUCGUUAGCUGGCUGUUCCUCGGUCUGAAGUGCCAGUUGGGCUGGCCCGUCAGGGCGACUGACCUCGAGGGGAUCACGGGCGAGUUGGAGGUAAAGGACUUGCUCGACGAGUCGGUGGAGUUCUCGAGGGACCCCAUCAAGGAGACCCCCAUCGGCAGCAAGCUGGUCGAGAUUUUCUGGACGAUUGCCGAGAAGUCGGGGAGCGACAUCCGCCUCGACAUCGGUGUGCCUUUCCGCCCCAAGGCGCGGCCGCGAUCCUCGAUCGACCCGGCGCUGUGGCGCUGGCGGCGGACGCUGUCCUUUCCGUGGCCGAAGUCGUCGAGGGAGCUGCGUAUCAACGCGCUCGAGUUGAAGGCGGUGAACGCUUCCUUGCGGCACAG